AUGGCAAAGGAGGCUUCAUCGCAGGGUCGUCUUGCCAAAUUCUUCGGCAUCAGUGCCGACGAACAUGGUGACUCUCAAUGGCGUCCAGAUAGCACUGCCGAGUUUGAAGUCGUCGGCCUGGGUCUGUCGCGGACCGGGACAACAUCUCUGCGUGAGGCGUUGACCAUGCUGGGAUUUGGUCCUGUGCACCAUGGAGUGGAGAUAUACCGCCGUCCGGAUCACCGAGAAAGAGUGAUCGAAUUCAUGCACUGGCUCAAUCAGCAUCCCCGCGAGAGCGAGACGGCAGGCGAUGAGAUGAAGAAGCGGCUCCGCGCUCUGACGCGGGGGUACCGGUCGACAAUGGACGGCCCCAUGUGUGACCUGAUCCCCGAGGCCAUCGCGACGUACCCAGAGGCAAAGUUCAUCCUGACGGUCCGGGACUCCGAAGAGUCGUGGUGGCGCUCGUGGAUGGAGAGCGUGGGCCAUCACUUCGGCACCGGCCCACGGAGGCACGUCUAUCGGACCCUGAUAUCGUCCGUCCGCCUGCUUCGACGGAUGGACGACAUGUGCCGAGAGAUCAGGAUCCGGCUGGAACGCGACUGGGGCUCGAUAGGCCCUCACAUGUACGGACUGCACAACCAGCGAGUCCGGGAGCUGGUCCCCGAGGGACAGUUGCUCGAGUACAACGUCAAAGAGGGCUGGGGCCCGCUGUGCGCUUUUCUGGGAGUGGACGUCCCCGAUAGACCUUUUCCCAAGCUCAAUGAGGGCGCCAAUAUCAAGGCCAUUUACGCUGGCCACCAGGUAUUCGGAGCGGUGACUUGGGCCUUCUACUUCGGACUCCUGGGAGGGACGAUGUAUCUGGUGGCGAAGCCUCAGAUCAUCAGUGCUCUUUUUCAAUCCGCCUUGAAAUGGAUAGGCCUGAGCUCUGCGUGA